AUAUGGACAACUAAUGCCAUACAACAAUUACACAUAACCGAUUUAAAUAAUAACCCAGGCAUUUUCGCCUUAGACUUAGGUAAAAUACACGUAAAAGAAGGAUUCCAUAAACUAAUACAUGAAUUUGAUUUACAACCAUUUCAAACUAUCCUCAACAAAUACGAUGUAAUCAUAUCACAAUUAGAAGAAAAACCACUAUUAGAAGAAGUUACACAGAUUGUAAAACAGAAACAUGCACAAGCUAACAGAAUUUUACAAACCCUUACACCCAGAAUCAGACAGAAACGAAGUAUCGAUAUAUUAGGAUCAGUUAUCAAAUCGAUUACAGGAAACCUAGACAACCAAGACCUUAUAAACCUCAAUAGCGAAAUUGAAUCGAUAAAAAAUUCGAAAAAUGUCUUAAUCAAUGAAAACAACGAACAGAUAAAAAUAAACAACCUCUUCGAGAAAAGAAUCAAUAGUCUUACGAAAGAAGCUUACAGACAAUCAGUAGAGAUAACAAGGAUUAUCAAACAAACGGCUUUAGAUUGGCAACAUGCACUACACAUACACAACAUCAUCUUCCAUCUGGACAACAUUCGUUACCAACUAGACACUAUCUUUGGCGCCACUCAACUUUCGCGACUAGGCGUAAUUUCUACGGCACUUCUUCACCCAAAAGAGCUAGAAUUCGCUAUGCACAUCCUACAAGAACAAGGGAUCAAUCUAGAUAGCUAUGAUCAAACAUAUGAAUACCUAGAAGCGAUAGCGUACCAUCGUAGCACUUCCAUCAUCAUCAUUAUACAGAUUCCAAAGUUCAGAAACGAGCCCUAUCAUCUACUCCGAAUCGAACCAAUCCCACUUGAUCGCAAGAUAGUCGAAAUCAACAACAAAUACGCGGUCAUCAGCAGAAACGAAUCAUUUUUACUUAGCAAAAAGAGCGUCGAAGUUGACAGAACAUUUAUCUGCAACAAACAAGACAUG